AUGACGCCCGCUCACGGGUUACUAUUGGGCUUCCCCCAGGCCUGGCUGCAGCAGUACGGGUACCUGCCCCCCGGCGACCUGCGGGUGCAGGCGCAGCGCUCCCCACACUCGCUACCGGCCGCCUACGCUGCCAUGCAGCGCCUCUACGGGCUGCGCGUCACCGCCCGCGCCGACCCCGAAACCAUCCGGGCCAUGCGCCGGCCCCGUUGCGGCGUUCCGGAUAAGUUCGGCCCCGAGCUCAAAGCCAACGUGCGGCGCCGGCGCUUCGCCAUCCAGGGCAUGAAGUGGGACCAGCAGGAGAUCACCUUCAGCAUCCAGAACUUCACCCCCAAGGUGGGCGAGGCGGGCACGGGGGCAGCCAUCCGCCGGGCCUUCGCCGCGUGGGCAGCGGCGGCCCCACUGCGCUUCCGCGAGGUUCCCUAUGGGGCGAUCCGAGCCGGGCGCGCGCCCCACGCCGACAUCAUGGUGCUCUUCGCCGAGGGUUUCCACGGCGACAGCACCCCCUUCGAUGGAGAAGGGGGGUUCCUGGCCCACGCCUACUUCCCGGGCCCCCAUAUCGGGGGCGAUACGCAUUUCGAUGGGGCUGAGCCGUGGACCGAUCGCAACGAGGAUCUCAGUGGCAAUGACCUCUUCCUGGUGGCCGUCCACGAGCUGGGUCACGCUCUAGGGCUGGAGCACUCCAGCGACCCCUCGGCCAUCAUGGCCCCCUUCUACCAAUGGAUGGACACCGAGGCCUUCACCCUCCCCGAGGACGACCGCCGCGGCAUCCAGCAGCUCUACGGGACCCGAGCAGGCCCCAGUUGGCCCCCAGUGGUGCCACGGAGCACGGAGAAGCCCCAUAGACCCCCAGGGCCGCCCUAUGGCCCCGACAUCUGCGAGGGCAACUUCGACACCAUCGCCAUGCUCCGUGGGGAGAUGUUCGUGUUCAAGGAACGCUGGUUCUGGAGGGUGCGGGAGCGCCGGGUGCUCGAGGGGUACCCGCUCCCCAUUGGCCACUUCUGGGCCGGGCUCCCCCCCAGCAUCAGUGCCGCCUACGAGCGCCGCGAUGGCAAGUUUGUCUUCUUCAAAGGUGACCGGCACUGGGUCUUCUCGGAGGCCUCCCUAGAGCCCGGGUACCCGCGGGCGCUGCGGGAGCUGGGCCGGGGGGUGCCCAGCGAUGGCCUGGAUGCGGCCCUGCAAUGGCUGCCCAGCGGCACCACCUACCUCUUCCGGGGCAACAAGUACUAUAGGUUCAACGAGGACACCCGCUCCGUGGACCCCGAUUACCCCAAGAGCAUCGAGGUGUGGGGCGGGGUCCCCGAGGCCCCCAGUGGGGCCUUUAUGGGAACCCCAUCAGCCGUCACCUACUUCUACAAGGCCGGCCGCUAUUGGCUCUUCGACAACCGCCUCCUCCGCGUCGCUCCGGGCUACCCCAAAUCCGCCCUCCGCGAUUGGUUGGCUUGCGAAGGACCCGACCAAUCGGAACCGUCGCCUCCCGAUGACGUCAGCGACGACGAGGAGGAGGAGGUGAUCGUCAUCGAGGUCGGCCCCGCCCCUUCCGCCCUGGCGCCGCCAUUGGUCCUCCUGGGGGGGGCGGCGCUGGCGUUGGCGGCCGCGGUGCUGCUGUGGCGCCGCAAGGGGGCGCCCAAACGCCUGCUCCGCUGCCAGCGCUCGCUGCUGCCGCGCGUCUAG